AUGUUUGAGACAACUUGGCUUCUAGACAAAGAAUGUGAGGAGACGGUGCGCAAGGUGUGGAGUGAGGGAGCUGGUGAUAAUGUAGUAACGAAGCUGCUGACAGUUGGUAGCAAGUUGUUGGCUUGGAGCAAUGAAAAAUUUGACGAUCUUGGGCGCAAAAUUGAAGACACUGAAUCAGCUCUUCGAGCUGCACAACAGGCUACGAUAUCCCCAGCUAGCUGCGAUGAGUGUGUUCGUCUUGAUAAAGAGCUUAAUGCCCUCCAUGAGAAGCAAGAGGCGCAUUGCUUUAUUCGAUCUAGAGUGGCUGAAAUUCGGGAUGGAGAUAAAAAUAAGAGUUACUUUCAUCAUAAAGCCUUGCAAAGAAAAAAAUUAUGGGGAUUCUUGAUGAAGAUAGAGAGUGGCAGAGAGAUGAGAAGAAGAUUGAAAAGAACUAAUAUUGCCUUGAUCCCGAAAGUGAAUGAACCAAAAACUACUGCAGAAUUUAGACCCAUUAGCCCUUGUAAUGUCCUCUAUAAGCUUGUUUCGAAGGUAAUUGUGAUGAGAUUAAAAUUAAUCUUGCCCGGGAUUGUUUCGGAGAACCAGAGUGAUUUUGUGCUGGGAAGAUUAAUUACUGAUAAUGCUCUUAUUGCCUUAGAGUUAUUUCAUACCAUGAAGAAAAGGAGUAAUGGUAGGAAGGGUACAGUUGUUUUGAAAUUGGACAUGAGUAAGGCUUAUAAUAGAGUAGAAUGGGGCUUUUUGCGCAAGUUGUUGCUCAUGAUGGGUUUUGAUGGCAGAUGGGUGAACCUAGGCAUGAUGUGUGUGUCGACUGUGAAGUACUCUUUCAUUAUCAAUGGGAAAAGUCAGUCUGGGGUACUACAUGGAGCAAAAGCAAGUCGUAAUGGGCCGAUUGUCUCUCAUCUUCUCUUUGCAGACGAUAGUCUUCUUUUUGCUAGAGCUAAUCAACGGGAAUGCGAAGCCAUAGUUGAUGUUCUCAACAAGUACGAAGUAGCAUCCGAUCAGAAAAUUAAUUAUGAAAAGUUGGAAGUUUCUUUUAGCAAAGGUGUUAGACAAGAUCAAAGAGAUGAAUUGAUGAGUGUUUUGAAUAUGCGACAGGGAUGGAAAGAUAAACUUUUAUCUCGUGCCGGGAAAGAAGUACUUUUGAAAGCAGACAUUCAAGCUAUUCCAACAUAUUUAAUGGGAGUUUAUAAAUUUCCAUGCUCGGUCAUAGAGAAGAUUGGAAGCGCGAUGGCUAGGUUCUUUUGGGGUCAAAAGGGUACGAGAAGAAAGGUUCAUUGGCGGAGUUGGGCGGCAAUGUGCACUCCUAAAUGUCAAGGAGGGAUGGGUUUCCGUGAUUUAAAUGUAUUUAAUGACGCCUUCCUUGGUAGACAAGCGUGGCGCCUUGUUAUUAAGGAUGAUUCUCUCCUUAGCAAGGUAAUGAAGGCCAAGUACUACCCAAAUUGCAGUUUUCUUGAUGCAUCUCUCGGUUAUGUGGGUAGCUACUCAUGGAGGAGUAUAUGGAGCUCGAAAUCGCUUGUUAAGGAAGGUGUUAUAUUGCGUAUAGGGAAUGGAUCGACAGUGAACAUUUGGGAGGAUCCUUGGGUUGCGGACAAGUCUAGGAGAUAUGUCACAACCGAGCCAUGUAAAGGUUUGAACCAGGUUAGCGAUCUAAUUGAUUUUAGUAGAUUUGAGUGGAAUGUGGAUUUAAUUUCUUCUCAUUUUAACGAGAGGGAUAAAAAAAUGUAUUCUCCCUAUUCCGCUAAGUUUAAGGGAACCUAA